AUUGUUAAACAAGUGUCAAAAUAGUAUUGCAUUCCAUAUGGAAUUAUUCAGGGAAUCUAGUCAGGGAUAGCGAUGCAGACAUGCGACAAGUUAAUUCUAUGACAAAAUAUGCACUUGCUGGGACUGAAAUUUUAGAACAUGGAGAUUGCAGGAGCCUAUUGUCAAAAAAGUUGACUAUGAAGAUAUUUAUUUCCACAGAGCUGAUAAAAAGAAAAUAUAGUGUCCAGAUAUAUGAUUUGUACAUCUAUUAAAUCUUAAACAAGUAUGAAAUAACUUUUAAAGCAAAUAGAUCUCUAUUUACCAUAUGGAAGAUGGUGGGAAACGAUUCAUAUGUUACUUUUAUUUGGUAACACUUAGUUGGGGAGGCUGACAUAAACAAAACCUUUAAAAUGAAGUUAAAUUUGCAUGCAAGUAAUAUUUUCUUUGGUUUCUUCAAUAUGUUCAUGUUAUUAAACUUUUUACGUCUGCAUUGUGAAGGUCAUUUGAGCAUUGCAACUGGGUUUCCCAAAAUUUUAUCCACUCUGUUAUUCGCAGAUAAAUGAACUUUAAUGUAACAUGCAUGCAGUGAUUAUCUAACUUGCUGACUUAAUAUCAGAUGGUGGACGAUUAUGAUCGUCUUUUCUCAAAUGAGAUGGAGACUCAAAGAAAACGUUUUGAAUCACAACUCGAAGAGGCGAAAAGUAAAAAGGAGAGAUCCAUAUCUGAAGCAGUGGAGAAAGCUUUGGCUUCAAGGAUGCAGGAUAUCCAAUCAAAACUAGAACAUUAUGAUGACGUUGCUGUCGUAAGUUCCCCCCGCCCCUCUUCUCUUUCACCAUGCUUUUUCCCUUCGGGUUUCGCCUCCGGCAAACUCAUUUCAAGACACAUCAACGUCUUAUGCAAAGACAAGAAAUCUUGGAGAAAGUGGUCAAGGAAAAGGAGGAGAGGUAAAUGCAGGACUGGAGUGUGGAAUUGUGAUGGAUGACUUUUAUGAUGAGAUAUUAUUGAGGUUUUCACGAGUGUGGAAAAGAAGCGGACGCUUGAAGAGGCUUCAGCCACAAUGGCAGCUGCAAUUGAAAGAACUC